AUAAAGCCCCCUUUUCUAAAAGCCUGCUGAUCAUCCUAAGUGCCCUAGCCUUCUUGUUAGCAGUGCCAUUCUCAAAGUACAAGAGCCUUUUUAUGUACAACCUACAAACAAUCAAACAAGAAUUUCAGAUCUGGAGGUUAAUAUGCGGAAGGUUUAUUUGCCUGGACCUGACACAUGCAUUCUGUAGUAGCCUCCUUAUCUACAAUUUCAGGAUUUUUGAAAGACGAUACGGCAGCAGGAAAUUUGCAUCAUUCUUAUUGUGCUCUUGGGUUUUCUCUGCCUUGUUCGACACCCUGCUUGUUGAAGCUCUGCACUACGCAUGUGAUGUGAAAGUGGAUGUCCUACCAUCGGGGCUGUAAGUUUUCUGAUUAUUUUACCCUUUAAAUAACAUAUUCAUUAAUGUUAGGAAAAGACCAGAGGCGGUGCGCUCUCUUUCAAGUUUAAUAAUUUCUCUACCAAAAAACGUAAUGUUUUUAUUAUCAGUAGCCCAACU